AUGGGAGACGAAGAAAGUGGAGUUGGCGAAAUGGAAAAAGUUGAAGAUGAAUCAGCGAAAGACAACACCGAAAAACCAAAAUCUAGCAGAAGCUUACGUGAAAAACCUUUUGGAGCUUCAAUAAAAAUUGAUAAGAAUAAGGAAGAGUCGGGUGCAUGUCCAGUUGCUGAGUGCACCCCAUCGGAAACAUUGGAGGUUACAAAUGAUAAUUCAAAUAUAACUGAGAGUGGGAACGAUCAGAAAGAACAUGUUACUGAAGAAAGUAGAACUUCCGAAAAUGCAACUGUGACUGUAACAAAGGAAAUUACUGAUAUCAACGAAAUGAUUCUGGAGUUCCUGGACUGGUGCGGGCUGAAGAAGGCGUGUGAGGUCCUGCAAGAGGCGUGCAGGACACUCGGGGCUCCUGUACCUGCCCUGCCCGGAGCCCCACGACGGACGACGCCCCUGCACCUCGAGACGCCUGGGGGAGGCUCGGCAGAACUCGCGCUUCCUGAAGCCGUGGCCCUUCUGCUGCAGCUCUUUGACCGGGCUGACGGCGAGGCAUUCUUCCAGCUCCUGCAGCAGGUGUGGCAGAGUCAGCCCGGGGCUGAUGAGGACCUGACGCUGCUGACGCUGCAGUUUCACCUGCACGUCUACUUCGCUACCUCGCCUCUACGCGCUGGCAACUGCGAGGACCACGGUGCCGCUAUGAAGGUCUUCAAGCAAUACCUGGACGCGUGCUCUCCUCUGCUGGGCAGCGUGCCCGAACUGCUGCCUUUCUACGCCCUGCCAUACGUGCCCCAGCCUGCCACUCACGCUGCCUUCCUUCCAGUCUUUCAAGACUCGUGGGUGAUGUGCGUGAGGGCGCGUCUAGAGGGCUGGCUGCAGGAGUGCCUGUCACCGCCCCCCACCCUCGUCACCCUCGUCAGGAGAGCCCGUAGGAGCAGCAGCAGUGGCACCGUGGCUGUGGGAGCGAGUAGCGCUGUGGCAGAGGCGCGCAGGAGUCACCGAGCCAUCACACGCAAGCUCUACAAACUGCAGGACCACUACAACAGACUGCUCGGCGUGUCGCUGGAGGUGACGGCGGCACUGCAGCGGACGGUGGCAGGCGAGACGGUGGACCUGGAGGCGACGCUCGGGGCGUGCGUACACACGCACCCUGACCUCAUACUGCCUGUACUGUCUGACACACAGGCGCCACCAACGACGAUUUUACUGGAAGCGAUGAGCAGAAACCGUCAGCAGAGCGUCACUAGGACGCAUGUGUCAGCCCUAGACUACUGCGCUGUCAGGGGCUGCCUUGCUGACGGUGAUCUACACGACUGCCUGCUGCUGCUGCAGGCCCUCAGGCAGCGUAUAACGCGCGUGACGGAGGGCGCUGCGCGGCAGGCGGUCGUGGCCGCUUACGUACGCAACGACGUGCUGGGCCUGACGCAGCCUGCGGGGUCUACGGAGCCUGGGCUCGAGGACCUUCCAGAGAGUAGAAGCUGGGCCAGGCUGCACCAGGGCUUGUGGGGUGCAGAAGGCAACCUGCUGGGCAACAGCGUCGCCAGGCUGCUCAGCGCCCUGGCGAGCUUCCAUCUGGGCCGUCAAUACCUGGGCAGAAAUGCCGGUGUUUGUGAUGCCCUGAAGAAGAUGCUGCUGGAGGACCUCGGCGACGUCUCAACGCAGGACUUUUGCGUCGCUGCCCUGCAGAAACUUUCUGUCAGAGGCGACGUCCAGAAGCGGUUGGUUGAGGGCGGAUGCGUGGCGUGGACCGUGAGGGCAUUAGACGAGGGUUGUCUCUCCCUCACAUCGCAGGAAUAUUGUGCUGCUCUGCUGCUUAACUUGACCCUCACAUCUGAGGGGCGAGCUGCUGUUCUGCCCAUCACUGCCCCUCUCGUGUCCCUCGCUGCCAAGCUACUCGCGCACAAACACCCUGCCUCUACGUGUCUGUGCGGAACUCUUCUCAGCCUGGCGACGGAACCACGUUUCCGGCACGAGGCGCUGGCGUACAAACUUGACGUGACUUUAACGCAACUCGCGCAGUCGUCACAAGACGAGCAGUACCAGCAGCAGCUGCAGCACCUGGUGGCGCAGCUGCAGAGGGAGGAACCCUCCACGCCCCCCACAUCUCCCCCCACUUCCCCCAAGCACCAACAGGAUGUGCCGGAGUUUCUGGAUGACGAGCUGGAGUUAAACGACCUGACGCAGGCCGCCCCUGGGGAGCUGACUGGCGAGGUGCUGCUGUCGCGGCGGUACUCCGACCACCGCACGCACGAGAGCUUCCUGAGCAUGGAUCCUGCAGGAACGGCUCGGUCAGCACCUCUGCCGAGCAGACCCGACAUGGUCACCCCGUGGACUCCGCCCAUGGGAUGGUCACGCCCUCUGUCUGAGGGAGGCUUUCUGCCUAACGCGGUAGCCUCUAAAAGGAUCAGUCAGUCUCCUCCAGGCUAUAUUUCGCGCUGGUCAGCGUCGGCUGGAAGCGUCCACUGGCGCUACCCUCCACGUGACGAGAGAUCGUCUAUCAACAGGAAUGCUCAACGUGAAGAAGUUUGGCCUUCUCAGGAAUACUUUCAACAAGCCAUUGCGAUGCAACAUCCCUCUACAUCACAACACCCGUCCGUCUUGCCCUAUCCUACUACGACGUCACAACACCUCCCUCAGCCCCAACAUCACUCCCAGACCCAACAUCUCCCCCAUGACGGUCAUGUCCAUCCAACGCAGCCGUAUCCUGGAUAUGCGUCAGCAUUAGGCAUUACUACCGAAGCUAAUCAUCUCCCGGGACCUCAGCAACAACCUCAGCUCGACAAUAUUACCGCAACGCAGCAUGCUGAUAAUGCACAGAAUUGUGCUCCCAAUCCCCAGAGUUAUGCUCCCAAUGCUCAAUAUUAUGCUCACAAUGCACGGAGUUAUGCUCCCGAUGCUCAGAAUUAUGCUCACAAUGCACAGAAUUAUGACCAUAUUGAACAGAAUUAUGCCCCCAAUGUACAGAAUCAUACUCGCAAUACGCACAAUUAUCCACAACAUUUUGAAUCCAAUUCUCAAAAUUUAGAGCCCAGUGCAGAUAAUUACGCAGCUGAUUCCCACAGAACGAAGGACGACCAAAAUUCUGCAUCAUAUUCGCAAACAAACUCUCCCAAUUUUCAGAAUUAUUCCUCCAACACUUCACAAUAUUCACCUAAUGCUCAGAGUAAUUCUUAUACAUCCAAGUAUUCAGCGGAAUCUGAAAACCACUUCACCGCCAAUACAAGUCGCAGACACUCACUUCAGAUAACGCCUCCCAACAAAGCGGACUGCAAUGUUCCAAUCGCGGAAGAACAAGAAGAACCCUAUGCUGCGCUAGCCAGUUCGCAGCCAUGCCACUCCAACAGAGAAUACUCCGCCUCUUACCCAGACUCUUCUCCCAACUAUGCUGAACUAAACGCGUCGGAAAACCAAGCAAUUCAGGCCGGUGGAUUGCGACGCACAAAUUCCGUCCAGCAAGCUGCACGUCGUCUGCAAAAUCGAAGCCAAAUCCCAGCCCUGCGUUUGAACACGUCACCGGAAAACCUUCAAUAUGAGUAUGGUUCUGAAGGCUCAAACGGAAAUUACAUAAGGCGUGAAACGCGGCUUCUGACUCAUGACUAUGUUGAGUAUGAACAGACGAAACCUAUCCGGGAUGUUCAAGUCACCGAGAGAGUUCCUCGGUACGUCGAUGAUCCCAGAGGAACACAAGCGCUCGAGAGACAAGAUUCCCAAAUAAAGUAUUACGAUGGGCAGAGUGAGAUGGACUAUGAUCACAACGUUAGGCAAUCAGACAGCCAAAUGGCUACGAUCCAUGACACAGACGAGGUUCGGGAGCGAAGAAUUGAAGAGGAUCUUCACAUGAGCGUACAAAACGGCGCUCGUUCAUCAUUUCCAUCUGCGGAUUCUGGCCAGCAAAAGCAGCAGCAACCCGGUCGAAUAAGGCACUCGUAUCCUCGUGACGCCAACGACGAUCCCGAAGAUGUCGAAAGAAGUAACGUAGAAGAAAAUCUCAGGAAUGCCGUAAGAACCGUCAUCCAGACGCAGCGAAGAACGUCCACUCUAGAGAACGAUCCACUACUGCGCUCUCUACCGGCCAACACGGCGAAAGAGUACGUUGCCAUCUUCAGCUCUCGUCCGAGGGUUAUGAGAACUCCCCCAGAAAGUGCAGCAGGGCAACGAAGAUCCCCAAGCCCUCACUACCCAGAGCAACCUGACUCCGCACGUCGCGUGCUACCUCCCAUUUCCAGGACAAACAAGAGCUAUAAAAUAGAAAGAACUUGACUCUUCGCCCCCUGAACGAUUAGAAAGACCCGAAGCCAAACUCAGCAGACAGCACCAGUACUUCCUAAUACGCAAGAGUUCACGCAACUGACCACAAUUUCUUCUUGUUACGCAAUCAGUAAAUGUCGGGAGUACGAAACCGAGAAUUCCGAACUA